AGAGUCUUGUUCUGUGGCCCAGGCUGGAGUGCAAUGGCAUAAUCUCAGCUCGCCGCAACCUCCACCUCCACCUCCUGAGUUCAAGCGAUUCUCCUGCCUCAGCCUCCUAAGUAGCUGGGAUUACAGGCAUGCGCCACCACGCCCAGCUAAUUUUUGUAUUUUUAGUAGAGAUGGGAUUUCACCAUGUUGGUCAGGCUGGUUUUGAACUCCUGACCUCGUGAUCUGCUGGUCUUGGCCUCCCAAAGUGCUGGUGUGUCCGGAAUUGGUUACUUCUGGUGCGUUCUUCAUCUCGCUGACUUCAAGAAUGAAGCCACGGACCCUCGCGAGUGCAAUCACAGCUCACUGCAGCCUUAAACUCUUGGGCUCAAGCGAUCCUCCCACCUCAGCCUCCUGAGUAGCUGGGAUCACAGGGCCCAGAUACAAUCAGCAGAGGAAGAAAACCACAGGAUGAAACAGUCCCAACGACCAGCACCAGUCAAGACCCAAGACAGCACAAAAGGCCAGCUAGCAGAGAAACAUGAUUGUUCACCGUCCAUCUCUGGGACAACCUAGGUCCUUCUUGCCUUUCUGUCCUCCUCAGUUGACAGAGUCUUUAAGGGAGGGGCAGGGCCUCCACUUUGUUCCUCCAGGUGUGGAAUUCUGACCAAGUGUGUGUGUGUGUGUGUGUGCGUGCGCGCGUGUGUGUGCUGGGUUCUGUUAAAUGCUUGAGCCUGAGACGGGGCGGGAAAGCCAUUUCCUUGCUUAAGCCCGAAGGGUUUCUCCUGGCCAGUGAGUCACUCUCAUGGCAGACGCCUGGGCAGAUUUCUAAAGUGGAGCAAGAGAAAUCUUCUCUUCUUCACCUGCUUCAGGGAGGCAUCAAAGUGCCAAAAAGGUGGGUUCUGUGGGUCCCUGAGGCCCGUGGCAGGGGCCAGAGUCUGACACCCGCUUUCCCUGGGUUGGGGGCGGGGUGCCUCUGCCAGGAGCCUGGGUUCAGACCAGGCUGGCCUGUGGUCAAAGGCACACUUAGGCCCUGGCUGGAGAGUUGGGGCGAGUUACGAGAGACCCACUAGGUCACCUGUCAAAGACGGCUAGCCCUCCUGGGGAUUUUGAAAUCAGGGCACCCGCGGCAAGUUCCCAGGCUGUGCCUGCUCCUGUGCUCCUGUGCUCAAGGCGGUGGCUGCUCCUGUGCUCUGGGCUUAUUCCCAGGAUUCUCAGACGGCUGAUGGAAAACGCCCCGGACCCUCCGUAGUGCCGCGGGGAAGUCCCCGGAAAGGGUGUGAAAAAGUAUCGAAUUUGGAUGAUGCCUCCUCCUCGUCCAGCGCCUGACAGGGCCCAGCUCCUGGCCCAGGUGCCCAGGAGGCACCGAUCCCCGCAGCCGGCCUCCUCCCGCGCGGGCUCCACUCCCAUUUCGGCCUCGCCCCCACACCCCAUAGUCUUUCAUCCGAUGCUCGGGCGGCGGCUGCAGUGGGACCUCCGCCUUCUCUGCCAACCAGAGCGGAGGAACCUUUCCGCCUCCCUCCGCGCGGCGCACUGAGAGCGCUUUGCCUAGAACGACUUCCCUCCCGCUGCCUGGGGCAGCCUCACCCUGGGCGUCCGCACCCCAGCCCUGGGAGAGCGCCACUCCGCCUCCCGCACCACCGAAAACCUCCUCCUCCUUUUCGGGCCGCUCCCCCUUUAUACGCGGACGCGCCCUCUUUUGGUCGCCCCCUCCCCAACCCAGCGCUAAGAAGCGCCCUGCUCUGGUCUCCGCCACCACCCAGCGCCUCCUGGACCCAUCCCCCCAAACCCUUGAACGUCCUCAGGACCCCCAGGCUGCAGCCUCGGAGCUCCCGGAACGAUGGUGAAGUUGGGGAACAAUUUCGCAGAGAAGGGCACCAAGCAGCCGCUGCUGGAGGAUGGCUUCGACACCAUUCCCCUGAUGACGCCCCUCGAUGUCAAUCAGCUGCAGUUCCCGCCCCCGGAUAAGGUGGUCGUGAAAACUAAGACCGAGUAUGAACCUGACCGCAAGAAAGGGAAAGCACGUCCUCCCCAAAUUGCUGAGUUCACCGUCAGCAUCACGGAGGGUGUCACCGAGAGGUUUAAGGUCUCCGUGCUGGUCCUUUUCGCCCUGGCCUUCCUCACCUGCGUCGUCUUCCUGGUCGUCUACAAGGUGUACAAGUAUGACCGUGCCUGCCCCGAUGGGUUCGUCCUCAAGAACACCCAGUGCAUCCCAGAAGGCUUGGAGAGCUACUACGCGGAGCAAGACUCCAGUGCCCGGGAGAAAUUUUACACAGUCAUAAACCACUACAACCUGGCCAAGCAGAGCAUCACACGCUCCGUAUCGCCCUGGAUGUCAGUUCUGUCAGAAGAGAAGCUGUCCGAGCAGGAGACUGAAGCGGCUGAGAAGUCAGCUUAGCGGGAUGGGCAAGUUCCUUACAAUGUGUCACUUGCAAAUAACAAAGGGACUUUGAGGGACAUUUCAUUAAAUAUAAUUACUGAUACUUUAGAGGUUACUCAUUUACGGUGCAAUUGCUUCUGUUUGCUAAUGCUGCUUUGCAAAUAAAACUUGCUGCCGACCACCCACGGGCAUAAAAUCAAGUGCAUUUCAGCAUUGCCUAAAGAGCUCUGACACCACUUUUCAUGUUAAGAUCUUCAUUUAGCUCCUUUACUGGGAUUUAUUGGAUGCUGUCAAAAAAUAAAUUUACACUGGAUAUGCCAAGGGUUUCGAUCUCGGAUAAAUGCAUUUUGUGGAAUUGAUUUUCUGAACCCACCCUGCUGUCUGCAAACCUUCCUCCAUAGCCAUAUCUAGAGUGAUCUCUCGCUGUGCUAAGAGCAAGCCUACUUUGCAUUUCUUCCUCGGCCAUCAGCGGGUAACAGUGCUGACUGCUGCCAAGGUGCACUGUAGUAAGUAAGUGGCAUAGAGAAUGAGGAAAAAGACCCACCCGCCCCUCCCUGUGCUGACUCCUGAGUCGGGGUGGGAUGGCCCUGCAAUGUGGCAGGCUCGGUGUGGAUUGACUACUCCCUCCCCUCUGACUCUGGCAUCUUGGUAAGGAGGGAGGGGCACCACCUAUCUGGGUGGAGACAGCUGGGGUUCGCUCCAGUGUGUGUAGACUGGCAGAGCAUGUGAGGGAGAGGGCUGGGAAGAGACGGCCCUGCGCCCGUGAGGUGCAGAACUCUCCCUGCAGGUAGUCUGUCUGCUCUGUGAUGUGCUGAUAGGAAAGAGCCCCCACUGGUCCUCUGGUUCACUUCUAUUAUGAAUAAAUUUGCACCAAUAGCCCCAUUAGUUUUUAAAGAAAUGAGCUGGGUGGGAAAAGUGGAAAUGUAAUUUCUGGUAAGCUUGAGCUACUUUAAUUUUUAUUCUAUGAAACUGAUAUCCCUUGAUGUGGGAAACAGGCAGGAAAGGCUGUGGGGUGGGGGUGGGGGACUGGUGUGGCACCGUGCAAACAAAAUGACAAAUUUCAACUCACGAUCUUUGUAAGAAAAUUGUUCCAGUUUGAAUCUUGAUAUUAAAGUUUAUGUUUACAAAAUUGCCAGUUAGAUGAACUAAGUGUGUAAAACAAAUAGAAAAGACAUUCGCAGACAUUUCUUCUAUGUUAUUGAAUGUGUUGUUUCUGGUGUACAUGUCAAAAGUUUCAGUUUUUUAGAUCAGAAAUAAACGACAAAUAGUGUGAGAUGUGUUGUGAACAGGCAUGGUGACCGUGGUCAGCGCCACUCUUGUUUCCUGAAAUGUGCUUCUAAGACAGAAAAUGUAUUUUCUCAUCAAGGGUGUCUGGAGACACAGACCAUGACCUUGACGCAGCGGUGUGCAUCACAGAGGCCUGUGCUGAGAAGGGUGGUGUUCAGCUGUGGAAAAUGACUCAAGAGCAAUAAAUCAGUGCCAAAGCUUCCCUGCGCAUCUGAAUAGACACAAGUGAAGCCCGUGUGCGCACAGUGCAGAGGCCGAGCCUGUAUUUCCAGGUAGACGUGGACUUUAUUGACUGUGAAUUCAUUUACAUGUAACUUCUGACAUUUCACUCUGUGCAAAUAAAGAACAUGAGGAUA